AACUAUUAAAGAACAAUGCUGCUUGUCCGUGGACGGAGCAUCUUCGUUUUUAGUUUAUUUGUUUAGGGUAUAUACGCAUUGGAUCUAAAGAGUUAAGAGUUGUGGUGGCAUUGCAGAGCGCUGAGAGUGAAGAAGGAAGGAAGGAAGAUAUGGAGGAAGAGAUAGGGUUUUUAGGUUUGGGAAUAAUGGGGAAGGCCAUGUCAAUGAACUUGCUCCGCCAUGGCUUUAAGCUCACGGUUUGGAACCGAUCUCUCUCUAAGUGUGAUGAGCUGCGGGAGCAUGGGGCUUCUGUUGCUGAAACUCCUGCAGCAGUAGUCAAGAAGUGCAAGUACACCAUUGCGAUGUUGUCUGAUCCUUCUGCAGCUCUCUCGGUUGUUUUUGACAAAGAUGGCGUCCUUGAGCAAAUUUGCAGUGGAAAAGGCUAUAUUGACAUGUCAACAGUGGAUGCUGACACUUCUACAAAGAUCAGCGAGGCAAUUACAUCAAAGGGUGGUCAUUUCCUUGAAGCUCCAGUUUCGGGUAGCAAAAAGCCUGCUGAAGAUGGUCAACUUAUAAUUCUUGCUGCUGGAGUGAAGUCUUUGUAUGAGGAAGCACUUCCUGCUUUUGAUGUCAUGGGAAAGAAAUCUUUCUUCUUGGGUGAGGUUGGAAAUGGAGCAAGAAUGAAACUUGUUGUUAACAUGAUUAUGGGGAGUAUGAUGAAUGCAUUUUCUGAGGGACUUGUACUGGCUGACAAAAGUGGGCUCGACCCUCAAACUCUUCUUAAUGUGUUGGAGCUAGGUGCAGUUGGGAACCCAAUGUUCAAGUUGAAGGGACCCACUAUGAUUCAGAAGAAUUACUCACCUGUAUUUCCUCUGAAGCAUCAACAGAAGGACAUGAGAUUGGCUCUAGCCCUUGGUGAUGAAAAUGCAGUAUCCAUGCCUGUGGCAGCUGCUGCCAAUGAGGCAUUCAAGAAAGCUCGAGGCAUGGGAUUGGGAGACCUCGACUUUUCAGCUGUGUGCGAGGCUGUGGGGUUCAGACCAUCCUGAAUGAUACAAUUCAUUAGCCUUGGGACUCAAGCCCUUUGGCAGGCAUACCGACAACACGGCUACCAUCCAAAAUUGAAUUUGCUGUGAUGUGGUUACUGUCAGUUAAAUCAGUAGUCUAUUACUGCAAGGGACGAAGUUUUCAAUACCAUGUACCCUUCUGAGGGCCCUGUUUUUAAGUAAAGACUAAAGACACUCAGAUAUCCCUUUCCAGUUUCGCGUUUCCGGCAAUAGAUCCUUUUAUGUUUGUUAAUCCA